GGAGCGGGGAAGGGGACUCCAUCUAAAAACAAACCGUAAACAUGCAGGUUUCUACGGCAACGGCAUUCUUGGGCCUACCCUGGAGAGUUCAUUCUAGAGCUAUGUCAAGGAGGAUAGCCCCUGGGAGCCCCCGCGCCUCCAGCUGCUGUGUCUUCCUGUUUUGUCUCCACGGCAACGGUGACCUCAGCCCUGCACUCCCUCCCUGGUUGGGCUAGAAAUAGGCGACGGUCUAGUCUUUAGAGGGGGCGUGGUGUGACAUUAGCCCCGCCUUGGGGGCCGACCAGGGAUAGCUCAAGCUGAGGGAAAGUACCCCCUUCACCUCCCAAAUCAGGCCCAAACCCCGCCCUCAGCCCCGCCCUCUCACGCUUCUCAGAUGGUCAACUCCACCCAGCCCAAGACCCUUCUGGUCUGCAGUUGUUGCUCUGUUUCUGCUGCAGACGCCACUGACUGGAGAGGGCUUCUGUUCAGCCUUUUCCAGGUGCUCAACCAUUUCGCCUUCGCAGCGUGAUCUUCCUCCUUCCAGUCUUCAGUUAAGGCAGCAGCCAUGCCGGUAACAGUAACCCGCACCACCAUCACGACUACGACGACAUCAUCCUCCUCCACUAUUGUGGGGUCCCCUCGGGCACUGACGCAGCCCCUGGGCCUCCUGCGUCUCCUGCAGCUAAUAUCCACUUGUGUGGCUUUCUCGCUGGUUGCCAGUGUGGCUGCUUGGACUGGGCCCAUGGGUAACUGGGCCAUGUUCACCUGGUGUUUCUGCUUUGCUGUGACCCUCAUCAUUCUGAUCGUGGAAUUAGGCGGACUCCAGACCCGCUUCCCCCUGUCAUGGCGAAACUUCCCCAUCACCUACGCCUGCUAUGCAGCUCUCUUCUGCCUGUCAUCUUCCAUCAUCUAUCCCACCACCUAUGUGCAGUUCAUGGCUCACGGACGUACCCGGGACCACGCCAUCGCCGCCACCACCUUCUCUUGUGUCGCCUGUUUGGCCUAUGCCACUGAAGUGGCUUGGACUCGUGCGAGGCCUGGUGAGAUCACUGGCUACAUGGCUACAGUGCCAGGGCUGCUCAAAGUUUUUGAGACCUUUGUAGCCUGUAUCAUCUUUGCCUUCAUCAGCGAACCGCUUCUGUACCAGCAAAAGCCGGCCCUGGAAUGGUGUGUGGCAGUCUAUGCUAUCUGCUUCAUACUAGCUGGGGUGACCAUCCUGCUCAACCUGGGGGAUUGUACUAACAUGUUGCCCAUCCCCUUUCCCACCUUCCUGUCAGGCCUGGCCUUACUGUCUGUCCUCUUGUAUGCCACUGCCAUUGUCCUUUGGCCCCUCUACCAAUUUGAUCAGAGGUAUAAUGGCUUCCCCCGGCGUUCCUUGGAUGCCAGCUGCACUUAUACACACCCGCACUCGGUGUGUUACUGGGACCGCCGACUGGCGGUGGCCAUCCUGACGGGUGUCAACCUGCUGGCAUAUGUGUCUGAUCUGGUGUACUCCACUCGUCUGGUGUUUGUCAAGGUCUAAGGUUAACAAGGGGCUCCCCUCCCCGUCCCUUCUUGCGGCCUCUUCCUCUGAUUACCCAAGCUUUUGCCAUCGUGCUGUUUCCUCUUCCUACUUCCCUCCCAUUUGCUCUUCCUCCUAUGUAUUCUUCCUGACUUACUGUUCCCUUUCCUUGAUUCUUUUUCUUCCCUUUCCUCCACCUGUUUGCUUGCCCAUAUCCUGUUUUGCCCCUGAGCUGUCUCCACAGCGCUCUGCCUUACCUCUUUCGUAUUCUUGUUUCUCUUGUUCUCUGGUUGGUUUUGUCACCUGCCUGUUUUCCUGGGAGCCCUCAGAAUUCCUGCUUUCUCUCCCUCACCCCUCAAAGGUGCUGGCCCCACACAUCCCAUACUCCUUUGCAGUUCUUCAUCCAUGAGCCUCUUUCGGGGCCUCAUUGCCAAAGCAUGUCUGCCUGCCUGCUUGUCUGCCUUAGCUGUGCCUUAGUGUGUGUGUGUGUGUGUGUUUAAGUGGUUGGGGAGCAGGCUGUAUAUCACACCUCUCCUUUAGGUUCAAAACCCUGGAGGUCAGUGAUUCCCGGUAGCCAGGAGUCAUUAAGCAGAGUCUGUCUCUAUCUGUCACUCAGUUUUCUUUAAAUUGGCUCUUGAAUUUUUACCAGAUUUCCUGAAAACCUGUCUAUCCUAGAUGAAGCAAAGGAUGGAUACCUUUUGCUGACUUAUUCUCUGUGCUAUUCCAAAAAACAAGCAUAAAAAGCAACAAACAGAAAUCCACCAAAAUAGCCACAUGGUCUUUAAGACGACUCUGAAGUAUUUCUGAGGGGCAGUCACAAUACCCUCCUAUCUCAGUGUUAAAAAUACCAUGACCCGCUUUAGCAUGGAGAAGAAAAGUGGCCUCUGCCGGCCUUAAAGGCACUAUUAGCCUCUUUGAUUUUUUUUCCUGAAUAUUAAGGCAAAAACAAAACAACUAAGAAGCUCUUUUGGGUUUUGUUUUUGGUUUUUGGAGACAGGAUUUCUCUGUAGCCUUGGAGCCUGUCCUGGAACUAGCUCUUGUAGACCAGGCUGGCCUCGAACUCACAGAGAUCCCCCUGCCUCUGCCGAGUGCUGGGAUUAAAGGCCUGCACCAUCACCCACCGCCCGGCUUUUUUGUUUAUUUUUUUUAAAAGGUUUUUUGAGACAGGGUCUCAUAUAGCUCAGGCUGGUUUCAAAGCUGUGUAGCUGAGGCUGCCCUUGAAUCCUUGGUCUUCCCAUCUCCACCUCCCGGUGCUGAGAUUACAGGUUUACUGCCACUCCCCAAUUGUGUAGCCUCAUUCAGGAGAGAAGUUCCCUAACUCUUAACAAUCUUUUCUUUGGGGGGUGGGGGGUGUCAGGGUUGGAAUGCCUUGUGCGUGCUGCACACACACCCAGGUCUGUGUGUGUUAGUUGCUUCUUGCUGCUGCUUUUCUGCUUCUCUGGGACUCACAUGCAUUACUUGGUAUACAUACAUAUAUAUAUAUAUAUAAAAUAAGUGUAUAAAUAUAUAUUUUAUUUUUUUUUAAAUUUUCUGGAGCUUUGGGUUCCUCUAGCUCCUACUGUCAGUCAUCCCUCCCCACCCCCUACGUCCAUAAUGUUCUUUUUUAGAAUCUCAAUAUAAAGAUAACAG